AUGUCGGACACCGAGGAGCAGGAAUAUGAGGAGGAGCAGCCCGAAGAAGAGGAGGCUGCGGAGGAGGAGGAGGAAGCCGCCGAGGAGCCGGAGCCAGUGGUAGAGCGAGAAGAAGAGCGCCCCAAACCAAGGCCUGUGGUCCCGCCACUGAUCCCCCCGAAGAUCCCAGAAGGGGAACGGGUGGACUUCGAUGACAUCCACCGGAAGCGCAUGGAGAAAGAUCUGCUGGAGCUGCAGACGCUCAUCGAUGUGCAUUUUGAACAGCGGAAGAAAGAGGAAGAGGAGCUCAUUGCGCUGAAAGAGCGCAUUGAGCGGCGCCGGGCUGAGAGAGCUGAACAACAGCGCUUCCGAACGGAGAAGGAGCGUGAGCGUCAGGCCAAGCUGGCGGAGGAGAAGAUGCGGAAGGAGGAGGAAGAGGCCAAGAAGCGGGCGGAGGACGACGCCAAAAAGAAGAAGGUUCUGUCCAACAUGGGAGCCCAUUUUGGGGGUUACUUGGUCAAGGCAGAACAGAAGCGCGGUAAGCGCCAGACAGGACGGGAGAUGAAACUGCGCAUCCUUUCUGAGCGUAAAAAGCCUCUGAACAUCGACCACAUGGGAGAAGAGCAGCUCCGGUAG